AUAUUGUGUUACGAAAUAUUAGCUGGUAUUUGUUUAAUAUCACCUAAUGGACAACAAAAAGUGUUGCAUGCAAUAACGGAAGCUCGUGAAAUCCUUGGAGAAAGGACGAGAUUUCAACGAUUGGUAGAUGAUAUCUAUCGAAAUUACGGUAAUGAUCGUGAAACAGAUCGUGUACGAACAACUGCAAUGAGUUUUAAUUAA